AUGGCCUGGGGUCUCCGGGGAUCGAUGCGGACGACCGGGAGGUCUCGAACAGUUUUCGCCGCCUUUCUUGCGGCCUGCGGGAUUUUCGCGCACUGGAGCAUCUCCUUUGUUAAUGCCUGGACGGCGUGCGAGGCCUGGCAGUUCCUCGGCGCGAGGCCUUCCUGCACGUGCGGCCGGCGGUGCUGCCGAAGUGGCCAAAGAUGGGCAAAUCUUUGUCUCUAUAGCCGCAUAUGCGGACCCAGAGCUGCCUGCCACUAUGCAGUCGUUAAUUGCCGCGGCUUCGCGGCCGGAGCUGAUUCGAUUUGGGAUAGCUGCGCGGCAGCACUUCUGACGUUUUUUGCCAUUUCAAAGGAAGACACAGGUGCGGGCUGGCACUUCGAGGGCCACGGCUGGGACCGGGACCGACUUUUGGGUCGCCGGCUGGUGUACUUCGGAGAGCGUCACGAAGAACCUGCAGUGUGCACCGCACAGCUGGCAGCCUUGCAAAAGUGGCUGGAGGCGAACCCAGCAACUCCGACUGCUUUGGUGCUGGAGCACUUCACUGCCCAACAGCAGCACAUUCUGGAUCGAUGGGGGCAGGACGAUCCGCAUGAGCUCGUGGAGGAGUAUGAGGCCCAGAAUGGUGAAUUUGACAUUGGGCUCUACGAGCCACUACUUACAGCUGCUGCGCAAGCAAAGGUGCGGCUUGUGGCGGGCUUUCCAAGUCGAGCUGAAGCCAGAGAGGCAGUCCGGGGAUCCAUGGAUGUGAGGGAAAUGGAAGAACUACACAAGCUGAUGGGCCCAGACACUCUGGCAGAUCAUUUUCGGCUCUUUGCUGCUAUGAUCGCUGGGGCGCCAGUUUCCGAGCAUGAGACUGGGGAAGUCGCUACGCGAGGGCGGCAGAUCUUCCCCGCCCAAUGCUGGAAGGAUUUUGUUUGCGCGAAAGUCAUCGUCGGCCUCUUGGAAAGCCACCACCAGACUAUGGUGGUGUGUGGAUGCGGACACAGCGACUUUGGACUCGGGAUACCCAGCCGCGUAGAAGCACUGGCGAAGCGCCAGCUGCCCCAUCUGCUCCCUCUUCAGCAGCUAAUUGUUACGGCCAGGGCACGAGACGAGGAGGUUGUGGCCAAAUUCCGCGGCCACAGCUUGGCUGACAUUCUCAUCCGCUACGAUGAGUGA